UAAAGGGGGAGUGAGCUGUCUACAGGAUAGGUCGGUGGUGACGUUCGUAGCUGUGCGACCCCAGGGGCUGAGUGUGAGGACUGCUGGAGAGCAUCAGGGUGCAACGGAUCUCAAACAUGACUGACAUGGCUGACAACCACAAGGAGGCUUGGGAGACCUUGGCUAAUGCCGCAGACAAAUAUCGCAGACAGACUGGAAAUGACAUUGUGCUAAUCACUGCGUACAAAUCUAAGUUACUGACCACCUAUGCCUAUGCAGUUCAUGGCAACGGGGUGCUCCUAGAGGCCACUCAGAGGUAUCUUGAUGACAUUGCUGUAGUGCACAAAACCACUGCUUUUACCAGCCCACUCCCAAUCAAGACCAGCAAUGAGACCACUAGUGGCAGACAGAACUCUUACUCAAAGAGCUACCCUUCUAUCUAUGGCAAAGAGGGCUUCUCGUCAAUGGAGGACAAUGAACGUUCCAACCCCCAGGAUCAACUGCCUGAGCAGCUGCCAAAUCUGGAUGCAUCCGAAGAACCUGAUGAGGAGGAUUAUGACUACAACAAGCAUGGCCAACUACAUAAGGCAGACAGUGUUCCAAGUGACUCGACAGGACUCUUUGUAAUGGAUGAGGACUCUAACAGCCAAGACUGUGAACCUUUCUUUGAAUCUGACCAGGAAGAGGGCACAGAUGAUGGAAGUUUAACUGAAGAUGCCCCUGGACACCCUCCUCCCCAAUACAAUCUCCAGCAGUAUGCAAAGUCUCUCCCAGUCACUGUGCCUGUGUGGGGCUUCAAAGCAAAAAGGCAGACCAACAAAUCAUCUGAUGAUGAAGGUGGAAAGUUUCCAUCUCCAGAUCUAGACCGGAUUGCUGCCAGCAUGAGGGCUCUGGCCCAUGACAACACACAGCCAUUUGGGGACCUUCCUCGCCCUCGACUGAAUACCGGUGACUUCCAGACUAAAUAUCGGAAAUAUUAGGGAACAUCAAGUCACCUGCUCACUGGUCUGAACACUAAAGACUUUUCUUACAAGAAUCAGCGGAAGAAGCUUCAUAUUUGGAAACUCCCACCCAUUAGGAGUCUGACUGGUUCACUUCCUAAUGUGGUAAAUGUUAAGUUUUAAACAAUUUCUUUUGUUUGUUUUUUUUGCCCAAGCCUGACAGAUGGGUACUCAAAUGAUUGUCAGAUUUUACCCCUAACUUUUUUAAAUUCCGCCUCAAUAAAAGAGGAAUACACCUU